AUGGGGAUGCUCAAUUUCUCACCUGUCGGACGACAGUGUUCUCAAGAAGAGCGGAUCCAAUUCAACGAAUACGAUAAACAACACGGAAUUCGUCAGAAGUUUGUCGAAGAGAUGGACAAACAGUUUAGCAAGUACGGUGUUCAGUUUGCUAUAGGCGGGCAGAUUUCUGUCGAUUGUUUCCCCAAGGGAUGGGAUAAGACCUUCGUUUUGCGGUACCUCCCUGAGGAUGCCGAAAUUCACUUUUUUGGAGACAAGACUACACUUGGAGGCAACGACUACGAGAUUUAUGAGCAUCCACGUACAAUAGGCCACUCUGUGAAGGACCCUAAGGAUGCCAUGCGGCAGAUUAAGGAGAUUUUCGGUAUAUAA